AUGGGUGAAGUUGUGGAAUUCAUCCCGGAAGAUGCUCGGGACAGUGGAAAAGUUCACCAUCGCUGUCAGCCUUUGCACCUGGAAUGGCUUUCCGGGUUCAAUCCACGUGUUCCACUGCUCAACGUCAGCGCCAGCCGCGAGCGUAAGGAGCUGGUGUUGGCCUCGGCCAGCACCCUGCUGUUCUACUCCUACGACGGCGAACACGAGAAAGUUCACCCCGUAAUCGGACACAAAAGCAACGUUAACGCAAUUGGAAGCGACGGUAGUGGCCGGUUCGUUGUAAGCUCCGACAACUGUUACAGCAUCAACGUGUGGGACCGAGGAACGACGACCAACGAAGAUCAUGUUCCGCUCGCCAUCCGCACCAUCUUUGAACCGUUCAAGGGGACGAAAAUGCAUGCCGUUGCCCUCAGUCACGAUGGAAAAUAUCUUCUGGCGGGGGGUGGUGCUGACCAGGGCAACCAGCUCAAGAUCUGGUCCUGGACGGUGGGCAAUGACUUCCCCGAUGACACCAUUUCGCUUCCGGCACGGUUGGGGCGCAUCAAAACGGUCCAUUUCUGCAAGGACCGUCACCGGCAGCACCAGUUUGUGGUGACGAUGGAGAGCGGCGUCGUGUUCGGUGCCUGGGAUGCCAAGGAGCAGAAGCUCUCGGUACAGGUGCCCAAGCGACAUGGGUUUCAGGACUACAACGAUUCGGUGUUUGUGGUCGGUACGGAUCGGGCGGUGUCAGUGACGGCUGGCGGAAUGGCGAUCGUGUGGAGCGACGACAAGAAGGUCGGCAGUGAAGAGACGGGAGGAGCGCCUCUGCGGAAGGAGUUUCUGAAGUACCUCCACCUGAAGUACGCCUCGAUCAACGUGGUGCGCUCGUGUGACGAAAAGAUCAUCACCGGGGAUGAUGAUGGCGAGAUACGGUUCUACGACAACUCGAUGAAGAUCCUGUACUGGUUCAAGCAGGAGGACCUCGAACCGAUCCGAACGCUUUCGUUCGACCUGAUGGCGACGCGCCCUCGCAAAGCUCCACCGGCUGAGCAGCCAUUGGCAGGUGACCCCACGCCGGAUGACGCGGAACCAUCGAAGCGAGAACCUGAGACCACCAUCGAAGAGAUCGCUCCAAAGGAUGUGUCGUUCGAGGCGAAACCCGUGAUCGUUCGCGGAUUCGUGUCGGCGACCAAGUCCGGCAAAAUCUACGACAUCGACAUCGUGUACAACAAGAUACAGGAACUGUUCCUUCCAUCGCCCAGCAUCAUCACGGCGGUUGAUGCCCAUCCCACGAGAUCGGAGAUUUGCACAUGCGAUGGAAACGGGCGAAUUGUUGUGUAUGAAUUGAAAGCGAAAACAAUAACCAGCACGCUGGACGUUCCGAUACAGCGAACACGCCGAGGAAGGAUCACAACCCUAUCUUAUUCUCCUUGCGGAACGUUCUUGGCUGGAGGUGCGGAGAACGGAUACAUCUGGAUGAUUGAUCCGAACAUAAUGGUCGUCAACGCAGGUAGUCCCCUUCAGUUCACCAAUGAAAAGCUGCGGCUAGUAAAGUUCUCCAGCGACUGUAAAUAUCUCGUAUGUGUGGAGGAGCAGAACAUUAUCACUCUUUUGCAGCGAGAAAAAGAAGAUUGGCUAACGACGGGACGCUGCGCCACGCACAGACUGGUGGACACCGCGUUUCUGAGCGCUAUCGAAUUCAUCUCGAUCGGUGAAGAUCGUUACAUGGUGCAAUAUGUAGUGAACGACAGCGAAAAGUCCCAACAAUCGGCCCUAUCAAUCGGUAAACGUCGUCGAAUUGAGCAAACGGCAGUUCCCGUGGCACUGCUCGUGCUCCCAAACGAUCAACUGCUUGUGUCCAAUGAUCAUCUGAAGUUCAAACUGUUUAAUCGCAACACGUUCGACAUCAUGCACACCUUUCUCGGUCCCUUCCACGACGGUCCUGCUCGGUGCCUACGGUUGCUUCCCGGUGAGGAGUUCUUCGUUUUCAUCACCAACAACAAUAUCUAUCUACACCGCCUGCCGAUCGAUGGCAAUCCGUUCAAAUAUUUGGCCGUCCGUGGUCAUCCCAAGCACCUCAAGUGGCUACAGCUUGCCGGCGGCACAGAUCCUUGUGCGAUCACCUUCGGGGAAGGUGAUCAUGCAGUCGCUUUGUGGAGAGUGAACACGAGGCCGGUGCUAGACAAUUUGAAGCACUCUGGAACCGGGCUGGAUCCGUUCUGUGCACUACUGCCGGGCGGUAAAACGGGCUGCUACGUCCGAGAAAUGUUGAGUCUGUUCUUCUACAAUCAGAUUUCCCCCAAAAAUAGCGACGGCGAUGCAGAACUCACGUUGCGGGAUGCGAUGGAUACGCGGGACGUUCCGAAUUAUAUGCGCAGCAUUGGAUUCCAUAUGAGCGAGUUCGAGGAACAAAACCUUUGCCAAGAAAUGGCACUAGCGGGAAACUGUUACCUUACCUUUGAGGAAGUGGCCAAACUGUUUCUCAACCAUCGUACCAGUGGGUCUCCCAGCAGCGAGGACGUUCUGACCGCCGUUACUUACAUCGGUGCCACAGUGACGUCCGGCACCCGGGUCGAUCUGCGACGUUUCGGCGAGUUGCUGACAACCGUCGGUGAGCCGAUGGAUCGGCAGGCUUCGGAUUUUUACAUUAAAAUUCUGUUCCCGUCCAGCCGGCAGCAGAUGGGUGACGUAGAAUCGGAGGCUGUCGACAGCAUGGGGGAAGCCAACGAUGGUGGCGGAGAUGAGCAAAGCCCUCACCUUAUCAGCGUCGAUGACUUUACCGAAAAACUGUGUUGA